ACUGUUCUUACGAGGCAGGCAUGCGUUAACCUCUGUGAGAGCAUUCAAACCCUGGAAUAAUUUUUGAGAAAACGAAGUAGAAAUUAUACACACAUUUAGCACAAGCCUAUUAGGUGUAACUUAACAUAAUAAGUUGAAUGGUUUUACCUUUGUUGUGACACAUUUUCUUUUGUCCUCGGUAGUAUUUGGCAACCUUAGUUAGGUGGCCACCCACCUCAACACCUUUGACACAGACAGCAGCUCCUUUUUCUCGUGUUGUGUGAAGACAAUUGGUCGGCGGACUUUGAAAUUUACGUACAACUUCGCGCCGAAGAAAAGGUCUGACAUAAUUGCUAAAGGCUCCAGUGCGGUCAAUGGGAUGUUAGUGGUCUGGAGGCGUGCCAGGACUGAAGGAGCAUGGUGAAGCACCAACCCCUGCAGGUCUACGAGAGACAGCUGUGUUUGUCAUGUCUCACAGGGAUCUAUGGGUGUCGCUGGAAACGGUACCAGCGGUCACAUGAUGACACCACCAAGUGGGAGUUUCUUUGGUCGGUCAUCCUGUUCUUCACCUUCUCUCUCCUCCUGGUCUGGUUUUACUUCUGGUGGGAGGCACACAAUGACUACAAUGAGUUCAACUGGUUUUUAUAUAACCGCUCUGGGGAGUGGAGCGAUGGGACCAUCCCUAUCCUGGCCAGCACCGCUGCCGGCUUCACCUAUAUUGCAUUUUUAAUGAUUUUAGCACUUUGUCACAUAGCGGUGGGGCAACAGCUGAACCUACACUGGCUGCACAAGAUAGGAGUGAGUGCUGCCCUGUUGACCACUGCCAUCGGAUUCAUAUCUGUCAAUCAAACAUGGGGAGAGGAGUGGGCCGUCAUCCCCAUAUCACUCCAGGCCACUGGUCCCUUCCUACAUCUGGGAGCCCUGGUGGCCGUCACUGCUUUAGCCUGGCUAGUGGCUGGGCAGGUUGCCCGAGCCGAGAAAACAAGGUUCCAAGUGGUGGUUCUCCUGCUCUAUCUGAGUGUUCUACUGGGCCUCUACUUGGUUCCCCUGUCCAUCACCUCCCCCUGCAUCAUGGAUCACACCCACCUCACACCACGUCCAGACAUCAUUGGCCACCAGGGUGCCCCCAUGCUGGCUCCAGAGAACACAGUCCUGUCUUUCCAGAGGGCUCUGCAGAUGAACGUCAGUGGGCUGGAGGCUGAUGUGGCCAUCAGCUUUGACGGUGUGCCCUUCCUGAUGAGAGACCGGGACCUGAGGAGAACUACGGACGUUGGGAAGUUGUUUCCAGACCGACAGCGGGAGGAUGCGUCGUUCUUCAACUGGACGGACCUGCACAGCCUCAACGCUGGCCAGUGGUUCCUCAAGGACGACCCCUUCUGGACGGUGCGUUCCAUGAGUCAGAGGGAGGUCCGGUUGGUGGGGAACCAGAGUGUGUGUAGUCUGGAGCAGCUCCUGAGGCUAGCCAGUUCCCAGAACCGCACAGUGGUAUUCAACCUGCGCCGGCCCCCGCCAGAACACCCCCGCUACCACAGCUGGAUCAACGACACCCUGGAGGUCGUACGCCUGUCCGGGAUACCACAGCACCUGGUGAUGUGGACCCCAGACUGGGACAGAGGGCAGGUGAGGCUGGUAGCUCCAGGACUGCAGCAGACCUCUGUGGUGAAACGACCCCCCCAGGCUCUGCACCAGCAGGGAAUCAGCAGACUGCUGCUACGCUACAGCCAGGCCAACCCCCACGACAUCCGAGAGUUCUCCAGGAGCAACCUGAGUGUGACUCUGUACACGGUCAACGAGCCCUGGUUGUUUUCUGUGCUCUGGUGCAGCGGGGUCUCCUCAGUCUCCUCUGAAGCACCCAAUAUUCUGAAAAAGGUGCCUUACCCCAUCUGGCUUAUGAGUCCAGAUGAAUACUGCCUAAUCUGGGUGGCUGCUGAUGUCAUCUCCUUCACCGUUGUAAUAGGGAUUUUUGUCUUCCAGAACUAUCACAUGAUCAGGUGGAGGAUGAGUGGCAUGCGCAGCUACAACCCAGAACAGAUCAUGCUGAGCGCUGCGGUCAGGAGGUCCAGCCGAGACGUCAACAUCAUGAAGGAGAAACUCAUCUUCUCCGAGGUGAGCCAUGGUGUGGGCAGCGCUGAGGACUUGUACAUGGAGAAUGGCUGUGACUACUAUGACAACGAAGGCAUUUCCCAUUGACUCACUGUACUAAUGUGAAUCUACUGAGACCAUUCCACUAUUAACAUCUGAGUACUGAGCAAAUGAAGACCUCCAAGUGAUUGGCUUGUCUGUUGUUUUGCUCAGUGCAUCCAGAUUGUUUUUAGUCACUAUUCCAAGCUACUGACUAACUGAAACAUUAAUUGGUUGAUCGAUUAACAGGCUGUAGUAUUUUUGAAAACUCCCGUGCCCACACCACCCAUUCCUUUGUACAUUCUGUAAAUUUAUAUUUUUUUUUCUUGUUAUAAACAACGUGGGACUAUGAGCACUUUUCAUUGAUGAACUGAUUGAUUCGCCAAAUCUGUGGCCUCUUCUCCUCACAUGUAAAUGCUUUGGAGGGCCCCUAGCUACCAAUGGUUGCAUUAACAACCUUUUUUUUUUUUUUUGUUUCUAUAGUAUUUUAUUAUUUUGCGGUCACUUUAUGGAAAGCACUGUAGACAGAACAAUUCUCAGUUAGAGGUUACUUGUUCUAGUACCAUCAGAAUGAAUACUGCCGUGUCCAGCAUUGCAAAUCAUCCUUGCCUUCUUUGGCCACUUCAACAAGAUAUUAUUUUGAUCAAAAACACGAACAAGCUGUUUACAGAGGUCCUGCCUUUUCCUUUGACCGAAUGAAAUAUUUACGUGAUGUUAAUGAUUUUAAAAGCUGUUUUGAACAGCAUUUCCUGUAUCCGUGCAUGUGAUAUACUGUAUAAAGUGACUGGUGGAGUUCUCGCGUAGGUGUGGCUUUCCUCCAGGCAGACCUGAAGAUGAUGUGUACUGGUUGUGUUUUGGUCGUGUUUAGUUCAUUGUGAAUGUGUUCUGGUUUCUAAAGGAUGUGGACAGCGUAGUUGUAUGUUUUACGGCUGUAGGGUUGUUCUUGAAUCGUUUUUUUUUGACUUUGCAAGCGUGAAAAACCAUAAUGACCUAUUUACACAUUGUUCAUGUUUUAUUGUUCCUUUACUGCGAAACAUUGUUUAUGCAUUGUUUAAAGUAGUUUAAGCAUUGGUUUGUCUCAGUAGUGAUACAGAGAGUUGUAGUGACAUGUUUUGGGGAUUUAGAGAGAGCUUUUGAUAUUGAAUAUUGAAUGCUAGAAAGUGAACAAAAUAUUUAAUAUAUUGUAUGGAUCAAUUAUUUAAAUGCCUUUUUUAUUUUGUAUAAUUAUAAUCUAGUUAUGAAAGUUGUUCACUUUUGUCACCUGUGUUAACGACCAUACUGAAUAUCUGUCAAUACAAAGAUAUAUAUAUAUAUACAUAUAUAUAAGGACCUUGAACAUUCAUUCUGGAAGAGGGGUCAAUAAUAAAGACACUGAAUAAACACUCCCUUUUAGUAUGUCAUACAUUUUGGGAUUCCACUGAUCAUUUGGUGCCCAAAUGGUAGUCACUAUCUUACUCUAAAUUUGAAAUUAUUAAUACACAUUAUACAGUCAAGACUAUUAAAGGUGUAGGUACUGAAUAGAGCCCAGCUGCAGACCUCAUAUCUCAGGCUCCUCUCUACUGCCACCUGUUGAAAAUGUAAAGCCAACCAGUGGUACACUGUUACCGUAAUUCUAUACAAAAAAGCAUUUACAUGAACCCUAUUAGUAUAGAUACAUAUAACCAGACAAAGGAAGUAAAAAUGCCACCAUCAUUCAAAAAAUUACCCUGUAGACAAUUUACAUGGAGUGUGUGUAUAUGUUACAAGUUUCAGAUCCACAGAUUAGAUGAAUGUUGUUGAUAUGUCAGAUGUUUCGCAACCACUGCGAGUCUAGGUGCAGCCAUUUAUUUUCAUGGUGAGCAAAUGUUGCAACCCAUUUCUUUUUCAUUGAAUGUUAUAUUGAAAUUGUGAUCCUGAUGCUGCAUAAUAAUAGCAGUAGAGUUGAAGUUUAAGUCUUAAAUCAUUUGACUACAAACUUCUCAAUGGCAAUAUAACUCAUGUUGGUAUUGUGCUGUUUAAAAUAAAAAGUACAUAUCAGUUGGUUUGUAGGGUGAUAUUAAAGGUUAUCCUUUGUCAUGAAGUGAGGUGUUAGUUACUGUUCAUUGAAAGCUUUUGGCUGUUGAAGGGAAUAUCUCACACAGGGUCAGGGAAAGGAGACGUGUUCAUUCACUUUUGUUGGUAUGUGCCUCAGAGGUAUAUUAAAAUGCUUCUGAUACCAAAGUGAAA